AGGUGUAUAAAACGUUUCUCCGGCGGCUCUGCUCCAAACUCCAGAGGUCAAAAGAGAGAAGUUGAAGCUCAGACAGCGGACGAAGAGAGGAGAAAUGGAGAGCGCCGCCGUGUUCGCAGGACUUCAGCCUACUCCAGCUCAUCACCACCGUCUUCCCCGACCGUCAAGAGGUUCUGUUCAGCUACCUUCUGUUUCCUUGACCGACAAAAAGCUACGCUGUCCUCUCCCUCUCAAGCUUCAAAAUCAGCUACAUUUCGGUUUCGACGCUAAUACCAGCAGCGAUAAUCAUCGUAAUGCUCCGCCGCGAGUGGCCUCUCCCAUGAGCAGUGUAACAAACGAAGUAGUGGACCUUGACUGGGACAACCUCGGGUUCGGCUUUAUGCCUACUGAUUAUAUGUAUAUCAUGAAAUGUACUCAAGAUAAAACGUUUACUAAAGGUGAAUUACAGCGUUUUGGGAACAUCGAAUUGAGCCCAUCAGCAGGGAUAUUAAAUUAUGGCCAGGGGUUGUUUGAGGGGUUAAAAGCCUACAGAAAACAUGAUGGCCACAUUUUGUUGUUCCGGCCUGAGGAAAAUGCUUUGCGCAUGCAGAUGGGUGCAGAACGUAUGUGCAUGCCUUCACCAACAGUUGAACAGUUUCUGGAAGCAGUGAAAGCUACCGUGUUAGCAAAUGAGAGAUGGAUUCCUCCAGCAGGGAAAGGAUCACUGUACAUAAGGCCAUUGCUUAUGGGGAGUGGAGCUGUCCUUGGUCUUGCCCCAGCUCCUGAAUAUACUUUUUUAAUUUAUGUAUCCCCUGUGGGUAACUACUUUAAGGAAGGUUUAGCACCAAUUAAUCUGGUGGUUGAGACUGAAAUGCAUCGUGCGACCCCUGGGGGUACUGGAAGUGUCAAGACUAUAGGAAAUUAUGCUGCAGUCUUGAAGGCACAGAGUGCUGCUAAAGCAAAAGGCUAUUCUGAUGUUCUGUACCUCGAUAGUGUUCACAACAAAUAUCUGGAAGAAGUUUCUUCUUGCAAUGUUUUUAUGGUGAAGGGUAAUAUGAUAGCAACUCCUGCAAUAAAAGGGACUAUCUUGCCUGGUAUUACCCGGAAGAGCAUAAUUGAUGUUGCAGUCAACCAAGGUUUCCAGGUUGAGGAACGAGCAGUGUCAGUGGAUGAAUUGCUUGAUGCUGAUGAAGUGUUCUGUACGGGAACAGCUGUGGUUGUAUCACCAGUUGGAAGCAUAACCCAUUUAGGGAAAAAGGUGACAUACGGGAGCAAUGGAGUUGGUCUUGUUUCACAACAGCUGUACUCCACACUUACUCAACUUCAGAUGGGGAUUACAGAGGAUAAGAUGGGGUGGGUUAUUGAAGUGAAGUAAUCUUGAACUCAUGAGAUACCUAGUAGUUAUUACCUUCUUUUGCAAGAGGUUUGAACUCAGCAGAUAUUAGCAACUAGUGAUCCGCUUGUCGGACUUUGCGUUCUUGUUUGUUUACUCCAUUGUGUACAGAAUCUGCCUUUUUCUAUAUUGUCUCCGGGGGAAACUCCUUGCUUUAAAAAA